AUCCGACGACCAACGGAAACGAAUUAAACCGUCUUUCCUAGAAAUUUCGGCCGGCCGCCGAAACUUCUUUUAUUUCCCUUGCUUAUCGUAGGCUCCUCGGCUCGAGAUUUGCAGGGAACGCUUCGAAGUGGAGUUUCAUCUUCUUCCACCCGAAAAUGUCUUCUUCGCUUACCUGUAACAGGCUAACGCUGUUUACCGUGGCAGCUGUUGCUGUUCAGAUCAUUGGACUCUCGUUUUUCGUGUUCGGGUUUUUCCCCGUCAAACCAGCACUAUCCGGUGACAGUGGUUCGGAAAGUUUUCGUUCGCCCACAUGCUAUUCAUUGCGAAAUGAGAGUGAGAAAGAUCUGCCUCCUCAUGAGCUCCAAUCGCUAUAUCAGGAAUUAUCGGACAUUCCUCCUUUAUUUGACCGACUAGUUUUAAUGGUAAUUGAUGGUCUUCCAGCAGAAUUUGUGCUUGGAAAAGAUGAACGGCCUCCAAACCAGGCCUUUAUGGAAUCUAUGCCAUACACUCAAUCAUUGUUGGCAAAUGGAGUUGCAAAAGGUUACCAUGCAAAGGCUGCACCUCCAACUGUUACGAUGCCCCGUCUGAAGGCGAUCGUAUCUGGUGCUAUCGGAGGAUUCCUUGAUGUGGCUUUCAAUUUCAACACUCAAGUUCUACUUGAUGACAAUCUUCUUGGUCAGUUUUUUAAACUUGGUUGGAAAAUGGUGAUGUGCGGAGAUGAAACAUGGCUUAAGUUGUUUCCAGGAAUUUUUACUAGGCAUGAUGGAGUUAGCAGUUUUUUCGUUAAAGAUACUGUAGAGGUAGAUAAAAAUGUUUCUCGACAUUUAAGUUAUGAGCUUAGCAAGAAUGACUGGGAUCUUCUGAUUCUUCAUUAUCUAGGUUUGGACCAUGUUGGGCAUAUUGGUGGUCGAAACAGUCCCUUAAUGGCCCCAAAACUUAUGGAAAUGGAUGAAGUGGUGAAGAUGAUUCAUUCUAGUACCAUCAUGAAUCCAGAUGAUAAAAAGAGGACGCUUUUGGUUGUAGUGAGUGACCAUGGGAUGACUGAAAAUGGCAAUCAUGGUGGGUCAUCGUAUGAAGAGACUGAUUCCUUGCUUCUUUUUAUUGGAUCAAAAAGUCAGGCCAGUGACUUUGGAUCAGUUAUCAGCAAUGGUGUUAACCAGGUUGACAUUGCACCAACACUAGCUCUUUUAUUUGGUGUGCCAAUUCCCCACAACAAUGUUGGCGUCAUGAUUCCAGGAAUGAUUGAUUCUUUUAAGGAUAUGCAACAACUGAGGGCACUGCAAUUGAAUUCUUGGCAAUUGCUUAGAUUGUUACAAAAACAGGUACCUAGUUUUUCAUGUAGAAGUGGCCCAUGCGAUGGAUUUUCGGGUGAUCAAGGAUAUAAUAGUAAUGGUAGUAUGGAGAAGUUCUGCCGGUUGUAUUUGCGUGCUGCAGUUCUUCAUGAUUCCUGGAUAUCAACGGAGCUUUCCAGGUCUGAUGGCAGAGAAGACAAAAGUAGAAUUAUUGCGGCAUACUAUGAGUUUCUGAUAAAUGCAAAUCAAUGGUUAUUACACAAAGCUACUGACAAACCUGCUAAAGUUAUUGCUUUUGGAGUGGUGUCAAUGACCCUAUCUUGUCUGAUAUUUUUUGCCGUCAUUUACUCUAUUAUCCAAGAAAUUUGUUUAAGAGAAAAGCAAUUAUCCAAUGGUAUCCUUCCCUGGCAUCUCGAUGAGGUUUUUUCCCUAGCUGUAAUAUUCAUCUUGGUUAUCAGUAUGGGAUCGAGUUCCAUGGUUGAAGAAGAGCAAUAUAUUUGGCAUUUCUUGAUCUCAACAUUGAAUAUGCUAUUGCUUCGUAAAACAGUGCAGUUCUUUCAAAAAGGAAGCGCCUGUGAUUCUUUUGCUUUGUUAAAUGGACACGGAAGAAUUUGUUUAAGGGCAUCUUCCAUCUUUACCCUCCUUAUCUGUGGAAGAAUUUUAAGGGGCUGGCACCAAGGAGGUGUCAAUUGGACAUAUCUUCCAGACAUAUCCAAAUGGCUUGAGCAGUCAGAGAGUGAUCUUCAGUUGAUUCAAUUAGCCUCUGUCUUCCUUACAAUAAUAUUUAGCUUAUUAUCUCUAUCUUUAUUAGGAAGGAGAACGAAAAUUGUUCUAGUGGUUGGAUUUAACUUUUUGAUGUCUGGAUUGCUAGUGUUGCAUCAUAUCGUGAAAUCUGAACACAAUGCGUCACUACCAUCCAACAAUGCUGCUACUUCAUUAGCACAAAUGAUAUAUGCAACUCUUGGUGUUACUACAGUCGGGACGGUUCUGGCUGUCCCAUGGAUUAUGCCUAUUCAGCUAUCCGAGACAUGUUCAAGUUAUCACAACUCUUCAAUCUCUCAUCCUUCUAAAAUUGGGAGCGAGUCCCAAUAUCCAGAACUGAGAGAUUCUUUAUAUAUUAUCGGGUGCGUGUACGUUGGGUCUUGGUGCCUUUUGCAGUUGCUGCUCCAACAACCAAUUAACUCAGCAGUUAUGUUACUCAUUCUGAUGCAAAUUUUGGCCAGCUUUCUGUUCUUUUCUCAAGGGAUGUUGCAGCGGAAGCAGUGGGUUGAGGUUGCUGUGUUGUACUAUAUAGGAAUGGCUGGCCAUUUUGCACUGGGGAAUAGUAAUUCUCUAGCUACAAUCGACGUUGCUGGAGCUUUCAUUGGCAUUUCAAACUACUCAACGUUAUUUUCUGGCAUAUUGAUGUUCAUCAUCACCUAUGCAUCACCCACCCUGCUGCUGCUAAGUAUGGUAAUGUAUAUCUCAAUUAAAAAUCUGGACAUUGCUGCCCCUCCUCAAAAUGUAGAUUCCGGGCACGUUCUGAAGAUGAUUCUUGGCCUUCCGUGUCUGGUUCCACUUACUGUCAAUUCGAUCUUGCUGAUGGCCUACACAAUAGUACUGAUCUUAAUGAGGAACCAUCUCUUUGUUUGGAGUGUUUUCUCUCCAAAGUACUUGUACGCAUGUGCUACGACUGUGUGCGUCUUGAUCGGAGUCUUUAUCGUGGCGACAACAGUAACCUAUGCACAUAUAGUGCUUGCUUUACGGAAAAAGAUGCUAACCUCGAACGAGGGUAGAUAAGAGCAUCAACUUAUUUUUGGCUAUUCUUUCAGAUUCAUUUGGUUCUCUGAAGAAGGAUUUCACCACAGGAUCCGGCUUUUACUUUUCAAAACCAACUUUGGGAUUGAUCCUCUUACAUUAUCGUAUAUGAAUUCUUUUAGAAGGAUUUGUUAAGUUAAAUCUAAAGAGUCCAUGCGACUCUUGAUUACUGAUGAAAACUUCCCUUUCCAUCCAUCUACUAUGACUUCAUAAUUUUUGUUGUAUGAAUGUGGGAUCUAUAGAUUUA